GUUUUGCUGCUCUGUUUACAAAUCUUGGUUUGUAAUCCUGGCUUGUGUUGAAAAUGGGAAACUGGGAUUACUGGUUGAUUUAAUUGGCAGAAUAUAAGAAAGAGAGGCACAGAUUGAUACUUGAAUGGCUCGGGAGAAUGCAUCCAGAAGAAGUCUCACAUUGCACAAAAGAAUAAUAAGUAUUUUUGUAUCGAGCACAAUUUCAUUGUUCGUUUUCGUUUCGGGUCGCGGUUUAUUUCCUUCUCGUUUGUAGACAUUCUAAGGAGGAAAACGAGCGAGAGAGCGAGAGAGGAAAAUAGAAGUGCAUGUGGACAAAUGUGAAUAGAUUUUCGGGGUGUUUUGUUUUCUUUUCAAACUUCCAGGGGCGGGUUUUGCAUUUUGCACUGAACUCACAAACAAAACACACGAUAUUCCUCAUUGCGGGGUGGGCGGCGGGGAUUUUGCGGCAUCUUUUCGAAUGUCUUGAAACCGAAAAAAAUAACCCCACAAAUCCUUGGAGAAAUCGAAUUUUAACGAAUGUAAAGGGAGCGCGAAGCCCGUCAUUUUCAGGCUUUUCCGAGUGCCUUAGCCUUGUUUCCCUCAAGGAGAAAACAGAGAUAGAAAUAUUUAUUAGAAAAAAAUACCAAGAUCCGUAGACGAACGCUCUCCCUCCAGCCCCAAAAUUUCUCCUCCUUUGUUUACAAUAGUGUUAAAUAAUGUCACUAUAUUGAGUCUGGGAGCUACUUUCUGACUGUAAUAAUGCAUUAAUGUGAAUGGAAAUGGCAUCCUUUUAGACCUAAAAAACAAAAAAUCCAGAAGCAUAAAUAUUUAUGGUAUGUUUGCACCUUUAUUCCUAAUGCUUGACUGUUAGCAAUAUUACAUGUGUAUAUUAUAUAAAUAUAUAUAAAUAUAUAUAUAUUAUAUAUAUAUUUCAAAAGUUAUAUCAAGCACCUUUUUCAAAGAAGAGGAGGAGAAGGAAAGAAAAACCGGUGAAACGCCGAGACCGGAUGGAUUUUUCGUCGCAACCGAACUUUGGUCUCCUUCCGCUCCUUUUUUUGUCUGGAAUGAAGAAGCAAAACAAAGAAGAAAAAAAGGCUGCCUAUUUCUCCAUCUAACAUUGCUUUCUAGCUUCGCAUGAAUUUUCCAGAGGCUGCUUUUAUAAUAUAAUAAUCCAUGUGCAAUUUUUUCCGGGGAGGGAAGGAACCAAAAUUUAGAACGGGCGGGGAAAAAACACCCAUCGAAACCAUGAAAUAUUGCCAGAAUCUGAUCUCGUUGCCAAGUUGAGACAACGCAAAGCCAUAUUUUUGCCGUUUCUUCCACUUUGGAGACCGAUCUCCGAACAGUUCUUCUGAGAGCAAAAGGAGGAAUUAAGUUAAGCCUUUUAAUUUGUUUUCCCCAUUCAAAAUAAGGUUGUAAAAUCCAUACACCUUCCUGGGAUGCUGGACUGCAUCUCCCAUCCUGGCAUCGGGGGACAAUGGGGUUUGUAGUCCAACGUCCGAAGUUUUGGAGAAAACCAGUCCCGUUUGGGUCGCCGAAAAACACACUUUCCUUGUUUUAUUUCCAUCAUAAGGCAUCGGCGGAGAAAGAUGUUGUGAGAUUCCUAAGUAUUGGAAUCUCAGGCUGUUUUUACAGGGGAAUGCAUAUCCUCCGUCUUGAAAUCUUUUUUGUGACGAAAACCACAAAACGAGGAACGCCGUUGGGUGGAGAGAUUGGCUUCUUUCGCCGACGUCUUCUUUACAGACAUUUGCUUUCGAUCCAGCCCUUUGCGGACUUUUGAAACCAAUACAAAUAUUGGGGAACCAUUUUUGGUGUCGCUCGUAACCCACCGAUUUGUCACCGACCGCCAAGCCCUGCUUCCCAAAGCAAACCCUCCGAAAACCUUCUGCGAAUGUCAAGGUCUGCAUAUGUGGAGACUCGGAAACGGUAGGAAAAUGUUUAUCCUCAUCUCUCGGCCUUUCUUUUCAACCCAAAACGAUGACUUGAAAUGGGCCGAGUGGAAGAACGGUGCCGAAAAGCCAUUUGGCGUGCCUUUUGUGACUUUCUACUCCUUUCCGCCAAUUGGUGCUCAGCUUCCUGGUAUCCGAGAAAUGGAGAAACUGUCCAAUGCCAGAAUUUGCGGGCAACCGCUUCCCGACUUCAGUCAUUUGGAUUUCCUUAACGCUUCGCCAAAAUGAUGACGCCAACUCAACCUUUGAGGCCAAAGCGCACGGUGGUGCCAUGCUGUGAAACUACGAAUCCCUAGAAGCGGUGGGAGAACCGUGUUGCAGUAUUUAUGUUUUAUGGGAUAACCGAGCUGUUCUUGACGCACAACAUUUGCGGCACUGGAGCGUCCCUCCUGGGUCGCCACGUUGGAAACCGCAGAGGGCUCUUCUACCUUUUGGCAUGAACAAACAGGGGUUUUUGACGAAAUUCUCUCCCCUAAGGCAUGUGUUAUUUAUCGAUAAUGAGCUGCCCUUCUUUCAAUAAUGCGAUUUGUUCACAAGCUGACUUUCUCCUAAAAAUGAGACUCGAUCAUGGGCUGCUUUUCUCCCCAAAACAAGACACAACGAUGGGCCACCUUUCCCCCAAAAUUUGAACUAGAUAAUUGGCUGCCUUUCUCCCCAAAAUGGGAGUCAAAAAUCGUCUUUUUUCUCUUGAUAUUGGGAUGAGAUAAUGGGUCACAUUUUUCCCAAAAGCAGGACUCGAUCAUGGGCCGCUUUUCUCCCCAAAACAAGACGCAACAAUGGGCCACCUUUUUCCCAGAAUUGGAACUCAAUAAUUGGCUGACUUUCUCCCCAAAAUGGGAGUCAAAAAUGUCCUUUUUUCUCUUGAUAUUGGGACUAGAUAACGGGCCAUGUUUUUCCCAAAAAUUGGAGUCAAUAAUGGCCUGCCUUUCUCCCGAUAAUAUGAUUUAUUAAUGAACUUUCUCCCAAAAUGGGCCUCGAUCAUGGGCUGCUUUUCUCCCCAAAACAAGACGCAACAAUGGGCCACCUUUCCCCCAAAAUUGGGACCUGAUAAUGGGCUGCCUUUCUCCCCCAAAAUUGCCGUCUUUUUCUCGAUAACGGGCCACAUCUUUCCCAGAAAUGGGACUCGAUAAUGGGCCGCCUUUCGUCCUGAAACGGACCUUGAUAAUCGGCCACGUUUCUCCCAAAAAUAUUGUACUUGAUAAUUGAACGAGACUCGAUUGGUUCUCAUUUCUCCCCAAAAGACGAGCCUUUCUCCCAAUGACUAGACUUGACAAUGCCCCCCUAUUUUUCCUAUUAAUGGGACUAUCAAAGCCAAUUGAAUGACUGACGUUGAACUCCAUUCACGUGCAUUCCAGUCAGUUGAUUUUGCAUGUAACUAUUUUGUCUGGGAAAGAGAGCAAGGACAGGAUCAGGCGGGUCUUCUUUGGGAGUGACAAUGGGCCGCCUUUUGUCCACCCCAAAGGCCCCGUCUUCCUUGGUUUCCCCCCAAAACGAGCUUCAAAGGCAGGCCGAGAAAGAGAAAUCCUAUUUCCUGGGGGUCUUUUAAGGCAUCACGAGAAAGGUACAAGAGCCGUCUCCUCUUUCCAACUGGCCACUCUUUUUGCAAACAAGGAGAUACUCACCGCAAGCACGACUCGGAGACACACAAACAAUCCGAUUUUGCACAAGGAUCGGGUCCUCUUUUGCACAAGGAAAUGUGUAUUUCUUGCACCAAAAGAGGAGAGAGAAUUGCGAGACGCAACAAUACUGUAUUUCCAGCAACGGCUGAGUCUUUUCCAGAGCCGUGAGCCCAACGAUCCGCUCCGGACUCCGGCCCGAACUUUGCAAUCUAAAUUUGGGAGGAUUUUGCCUUUCAUGUUCAGACUAAAACCUGGAACGGAUUGGUCGCUCUUAACUGCAGGAAUCUCCCGCGACGGUUGGAUCUCCGAAAAACACUUGAGUGAAUUUCUUUAUUAUUAUUAUGUCUAUUUCUAUUUCUUUCUUUCUAAUCCGUUUCUUCCACCACCACCGCCGUCUCUUUUUUUGCACUUUUUAAUUUGUGAAUUUGGUAUGUAUGAAGGAGUGGGACUUCGAAAUUUGCAAUACUAUUUUUCAGAGUCGAAGGAAGCGAAAAUGUGAUUUGAGAAGGGGUUUGAUUGGAUGCGUAUUUUUAAUCUGAAUUUUUUUUGGGUUGCGCUUGAAUCAAAUAAAAGGGUUGAAUUGUCAGAGAAAGAAGGUUGUUUCUAAUGCCUGAAAAUAUCCAGUACUACUGUAACUCAUGACUGUUAAAUAUGAUGAUGAUGAUAAUAAUAAUAAAAUAAAUAACCAUAACAAUAACGAAAUAACAAUACUUCCAGUGGUAUCUAGGGAAUGAUUUCAGCCGCACAAAGCAACUUAUUUGUUCAAUACGGGCUGUUUUCUCAUCUCUUCGGUGGAGACUGUUAUUUUCCCCGAUUGACAACGUUUAUCAGAUUGAAAACAAAUAGGAAAACAAAAGCGGGGGGGGGGGGGAUAAAUAAAUAAAUAAGACUUUUGGGAUGUAUCCCUUCCCGUUGUUCCCGAGACUUCCCGGACAAUGAACCAUAAAUCCCGACCGAAGCUAAGAAAUGUGAUCAUUCGAACAAUUUUGCUUUGUAAAAUUCACAUUUACAAAAUAAUAAAAGUAAAUUUAAAAAACAA